GGUCGGCCAUAUAGAGGCUGGGGGGUGGGGGGAGGUCAAGCGUAGCCUCGUCUCCUUUACCAAGAUGGCGGCUCGCCCCUGUUUCGCCACAGUUCCUACCUUAUGAGCUUGGUUCCCUUACGCUGGUUAAGAGUGGAACAGCAAAAGCUGGCAGGCUGACAGGCGGCCUCAGGACGGACCUUCUGGCUACUGACCAUUUUGCUGUGGCUCACCCGGACCGUGUGGAGGCGUGAGAUCAACCAUGAGCUCCGUUGCAGUUUUGACCCAGGAGAGCUUUGCCGAACACCGCAGUGGACUGGUUCCGCAACCGAUCAAAGUUGCCACUUUAAAUUCAGAAGAGGAGAGCGACCCUCCAACCUACAAGGAUGCCUUCCCCCCACUCCCUGAGAAAGCAGCUUGCUUGGAAAACGCCCAGGAACCAGCCGGCGCCUGGAGUAACAAGAUCCGGCCCAUUAAGGCCUCGGUCAUCACUCAGGUGUUCCAUGUGCCCUUGGAGGAGAGAAAGUAUAAGGACAUGAACCAGUUUGGAGAAGGUGAACAAGCAAAAAUCUGCCUCGAGAUCAUGCAGAGGACAGGCGCUCACCUGGAGCUGUCCCUCGCCAAGGACCAGGGCCUCUCCAUCAUGGUUUCAGGGAAGCUGGACGCCGUGAUGAAAGCCCGGAAGGACAUUGUUGCUAGGCUGCAGACCCAGGCCUCAGCAACCGUUGCCAUCCCCAAAGAACACCAUCGCUUCGUCAUUGGCAAAAAUGGAGAGAAACUGCAAGACCUGGAGCUGAAAACUGCAACCAAAAUCCAGAUCCCACGCCCAGAUGACGCCAGCAACCAGAUCAGAAUCACCGGCACCAAAGAGGGCAUCGAGAAGGCUCGCCACGAGGUCUUGCUCAUCUCCGCCGAGCAGGACAAACGUGCUGUGGAGAGGCUAGAAGUGGAGAAGGCGUUCCACCCCUUCAUCGCCGGGCCUUACAACCGCCUCGUCAGUGAGAUCAUGCAGGAGACAGGGACCCGCAUCAACAUCCCCCCGCCCAGCGUCAACCGGACGGAGAUCGUCUUCACUGGAGAGAAGGAGCAGCUGGCUCAGGCAGUGGCUCGCAUCAGGAAGAUUUACGAGGAGAAGAAAAAGAAGACCACGACCAUCGCGGUGGAGGUGAAGAAGUCCCAGCACAAGUAUGUCAUCGGGCCCAAGGGCAACUCCCUGCAGGAGAUCCUGGAGAGAACGGGCGUUUCUGUGGAGAUCCCGCCUUCGGACAGCGCCUCUGAGACCGUGAUCCUCCGGGGCGAGCCCGAAAAGCUGGGGCAGGCGCUGACUGAAGUCUACGCCAAGGCCAACAGCUUUACGGUCUCCUCCGUCUCUGCGCCUUCCUGGCUUCACCGCUUCAUCAUCGGCAAGAAAGGGCAGAACCUGGCCAAAAUCACUCAGCAGAUGCCAAAGGUUCACGUCGAGUUCACGGAGGGCGAGGACAGGAUCACCCUGGAGGGCCCCACGGAGGACGUCAGCGUGGCCCAGGAGCAGAUCGAAGCCAUGGUCAAGGACUUGGUUAACCGGAUGGACUAUGUGGAGAUCAACAUCGACCACAAGUUCCACCGACACCUCAUCGGGAAGAGCGGAGCCAACAUAAACAGGAUCAAGGACCAGUACAAGGUGUCCGUGCGCAUCCCUCCUGACAGUGAGAAGAGCAGCCUGAUCCGCAUCGAGGGCGACCCGCAGGGCGUGCGGCAGGCCAAGCGCGAGCUGCUGGAGCUCGCCUCCCGCAUGGAAAAUGAACGCACCAAGGAUUUAAUCAUUGAGCAGAGAUUUCAUCGCACAAUCAUUGGGCAGAAGGGUGAGCGGAUCCGUGAAAUUCGGGACAAAUUCCCAGAGGUUAUCAUCAAUUUUCCAGACCCAGCACAGAAAAGUGAUAUUGUCCAACUGAGGGGGCCCAAGAAUGAGGUGGAAAAAUGCACAAAGUACAUGCAGAAGAUGGUGGCAGAUCUGGUGGAAAAUAGCUAUUCAAUUUCGGUUCCGAUCUUCAAACAGUUUCACAAGAACAUCAUUGGGAAAGGAGGUGCAAACAUUAAAAAGAUUCGGGAAGAGAGCAACACCAAGAUCGACCUUCCGGCAGAAAACAGCAACUCAGAGACCAUCAUCAUCACGGGCAAGCGAGCCAACUGCGAGGCCGCCCGCAGCCGCAUCCUGUCCAUCCAGAAAGACCUGGCCAACAUAGCUGAGGUGGAGGUCUCCAUCCCUGCCAAGCUGCACAACUCCCUCAUCGGCACAAAGGGCCGCCUGAUCCGCUCCAUCAUGGAGGAGUGCGGCGGGGUCCACAUUCAUUUCCCCGUGGAAGGCUCGGGAAGCGACACAGUGGUCAUCAGGGGCCCUUCCUCGGAUGUGGAGAAGGCCAGGAAACAGCUCCUGCACCUGGCGGAGGAGAAGCAAACUAAGAGUUUCACCGUUGACAUCCGCGCCAAGCCGGAGUACCACAAAUUCCUCAUCGGUAAAGGGGGUGGCAAGAUCCGCAGGGUGCGAGACAGCACCGGUGCCCGUGUCAUCUUCCCGGCGGCUGAGGACAAGGACCAGGACCUCAUCACCAUCGUAGGGAAGGAGGACGCUGUAAGGGAGGCCCAGAGGGAGCUGGAGGCCCUGAUCCAGAACCUGGACAACGUGGUUGAAGACUGUAUGCUGGUGGACCCCAAGCACCACCGCCACUUUGUCAUCCGGAGAGGCCAGGUCCUGCGGGAGAUCGCGGAGGAGUACGGUGGGGUGAUGGUGAGCUUCCCACGCUCUGGCACGCAGAGCGACAGAGUCACCCUCAAGGGUGCCAAGGACUGCGUGGAGGCGGCCAAGAAGCGCAUUCAGGAGAUCAUCGAGGACCUGGAAGCCCAGGUGACCAUAGAAUGCGCCAUUCCCCAGAAAUUCCAUCGGUCUAUCAUGGGCCCCAAAGGUUCCAAAAUCCAGCAGAUAACUCGGGACUAUAACGUUCAGAUUAAAUUCCCAGACAGAGAGGAGAACCCAGUGCACAGCGUGGAGCCAGCGGUCCACGAGAACGGCGAGGAUGCUGGGGACGGGAGGGACACCAAGGAGGAGCCUGGCUCUCCCAGGAGGUGCGACAUCAUCGUCAUCUCCGGCCGGAAGGAAAAGUGCGAGGCCGCCAAGGAAGCCCUCGAGGCGCUGGUUCCAGUCACCAUUGAGGUGGAGGUGCCCUUUGACCUGCACCGGUACAUCAUCGGGCAGAAGGGCAGCGGGAUCCGCAAGAUGAUGGAUGAGUUUGAGGUGAACAUACACGUCCCGGCCCCAGAGCUGCAGUCCGACAUCAUCGCCAUCACAGGCCUUGCUGCACACUUGGACCGGGCUAAGGCGGGGCUGCUGGAGCGCGUGAAGGAGCUGCAGGCAGAGCAGGAGGACCGGGCUCUAAGGAGUUUUAAGCUGAGUGUCACCGUAGACCCCAGAUACCACCCCAAAAUCAUCGGGAGAAAGGGGGCAGUGAUCACGCAGAUCCGCUUGGAGCACGACGUGAACAUCCAGUUUCCUGACAAGGAGGACGGGAGCCAGCCCCAGGACCAAAUUACCAUCACAGGAUACGAAAAGAACACCGAAGCCGCUCGGGACGCGAUACUGAAGAUCGUGGGCGAACUUGAACAGAUGGUUUCUGAGGACGUCCCGCUAGACCACCGUGUCCACGCCCGCAUCAUUGGUGCCCGGGGCAAAGCCAUCCGCAAGAUCAUGGAUGAAUUCAAGGUGGACAUUCGCUUCCCACAGAGUGGGGCCCCCGACCCCAACUGUGUCACCGUGACGGGGCUCCCGGAAAACGUGGAGGAGGCGAUCGACCACAUCCUCAACCUGGAAGAGGAAUACCUGGCCGACGUGGUGGACAGCGAGGCACUGCAGCUGUACGUGAAGCCCCCAGCCCAUGAGGAAUCCAAGGCACCGUCCAGGGGCUUUGUGGUGCGGGAUGCUCCCUGGACAGCCAGCAGCGGCGAGAAGGCUCCCGACAUGAGCAGCUCGGAGGAGUUUCCCAGCUUUGGGGCUCAGGUGGCCCCCAAGACCCUCCCUUGGGGCCCCAAACGAUAAUGAUCAGAAAGCAGCCGCCCCCCAGCCUGCUGACCCCAGCCCACCACACAGUGGUUUGUCUCGAUCAGACCCAGCGGCUGGACCCUCCGUAAAUUGCCGACGCCCCCCUUCCCCGAGGUCUCACAGCGAAGCCGGCACCCGCGCUGCGUGUGGCGGGUUCCCAGGCUGGCCAGCACCCAGCACGGCCCAGGACCUGCCCACAACCUUUGCUCCGGGGCGGCUCUGUGCAGUCGUGAACACUAAACGAGGUCACGGGACGUCUCACAGUAAGCCCCUGGCCCACCCAGCAUGUCGGAGGCCCCGGCCUCCGUGAGGAGCGCGCCACACUGUGCUGAGUCUGCUUCCUGUGUCAUGACCUCAGGAAAUAAAUUUCCUUGACUUUAUAAAAGCCAAAA